AUGAAGACCAGGACGGCGCUUGCACUGUUUUGCGCGCUGGUCGCCGCGGUGCCUUCGCACUCCACCGCGCCCUACCCACUGCAUCAUCCGGAGCCAAUUUCUCUUGCGCCGCCCAGCUUCUCCGAUCGCGUUUUACAAACUCUCGUCGGUUUCAGCAAAUCAAUUGGUGGUGGCCGUAAUCGAAACGCACAAUCAAGGAACGUGGAGCCACCUGCAUCUCACACCUGGGCAAAAUAUGGCGGCGAUCUUGUUCUACGAUUCAAUGUCAGCGCCGCUUCGGAGCUGAGAAGCCUCGCGGAAGCAGCAGAUACUCUCCUYCUAGACGUGUGGCAGUUCUCCCAUAACUACGUCGACAUUCGCCUGAGCCAGGAUGACGUCCCGUUACUUCUUGGUUUACUACCAAAAUCUCUCCAACAUCUACCUCUGCUACGGGAGCACGAGCUGGCUAAGGCUAUCCAUGAGAACUACGAAAGACAUCAUCAGCGAGCCUCAUCCCCCCAUUUCACCACGAACAGACCGCUUUUUGGUCCGAAUGUUGAGCAAACAACUUCUGGCGCUGAAAUCAACAUCUUCUUCGCCGAUUACCAGCCCUUCACCGUCAUCGAGCCGUGGCUACGUCUGCUUGCCUCACUUUUCACCACUCAUGUCAGACACAUCAAUAUUGGGCUUUCCUCUGAAGGCCGUCCGAUACCUGCUUUACGUGUCGGUGUUCACCCCACGGACUCGACUGAUCCAGACCGUCCAAAACGCAAGACUAUCCUCGUUAUGGGAAGUCUCCACGCUCGAGAAUGGAUCAGCACUACCACCGUGAACUACGUCGCUUAUUCUUUGAUUACUGGAUACGGCAAAAUACCCAGCAUCACCAAGCUCCUCCACGACUUUGACUUCGUCUUCAUUCCCACUCUCAAUCCGGACGGCUAUGUGUACACAUGGGAGACUGAUCGCCUGUGGCGUAAGAAUAGACAGCAAACUGGCAUCCGCUUCUGCCAGGGUAUUGAUCUUGACCGUGCAUUCGGCGUACAAUGGGCAGCAUCGGAUAAUCCUUGCAGUGAAAGUUAUAGCGGUGAAGCGCCGUUUGAAGCCGUGGAAGCCACAGCGCUCGCGUCAUGGGCCAAGAACGAGACCGAGAAGAACAAUGUCGAGUUUGUUGGAUUCCUWGAUCUCCACUCUUACUCUCAGAGUAUCAUGUAUCCCUACAGCUAUAGCUGCGAUGCAUCACCCCCGGGAUUGGAAAACUUGGAGGAACUUGCUACCGGCCUGAGUAAGGCCAUUCGCAACACACAUGGGCACAACUAUGAAGUUAUGCAAGCCUGUGAGGGUAACCUUGCCGCUAACGGGGAAGUCCUUCCGAGCGUGGAGUCAACGGGUGGCUCAGCGCUGGAUUACUUUUACACUGCCAUGUCCACACGAUAUGCCUACCAGAUCAAACUUCGCGAUCGAGGAACGUAUGGGUUUCUGUUGCCCAAGGAGAACAUAAUCCCUACCGGCAAGGAGAUCUUGAAUGCAGUGCUAUAUUUCGGUGAAUUCUUGAGCGACUUGCGUUCCGCCGGGAUAGAGAAUGGUGAGGAAGAUGGGAAGAAUGUGAAUGUUGAGGGUGAGGGUGAGAUACAGAUGUCGAAGGAAGUGGAGGAUGACAUGGAGCCGUGGGUGGUAAUUGAGGAUGUGGGAGAGGGAGAGAGUUGGAAGGUUGACCUCAGGCGGCGGCGGAAACGGUAG